AUGAGAAAGAAGCUUCUCAUCUCAUGCUCCUCCCUCCGCUCAAUUUCCAACCUCACUCCCAAAUCCAAUCACUUGUCCAUUGUGGUAUGUGAUUCUGUUGGAUCAUCAAAGUUGCACUGCCGUGGAUGGUCACAUGCUGCUGCUUGUGUUCCUUCUGAAACUUCAGAUACCCGCCCCAAAAGAGGACUUAGGGUUCCCAAACAUGUACGGAGAGCUAUGGUGGAGUCUUUUGUGAAUAAGUAUCGAUCAGAGAAUGCUGGAAAGCUCCCAGCAAUAAAACAUACCCAGAAAGAAGUUGGUGGCAGUUAUUAUGUUAUUCGGGAAAUCAUUCUGGAACUAGAAUACAAAUCCAAAAUGAAACCUGUAAACAACAUUGAUGAGAUAUCAGUGGCAAAGCUAUUUGAUGAAAGUAAACUCAAAACUGCUGAAUCUGUUGAUGUUUCAUCCGGUAAAAUUAAAAAAGUCAAAGAUGGUCCUAUCCAAGAUGAUUUUCAGUCGGAACUUUUAGAUGGCAAAAAGAAUGAAGAAAAGGAAGGGCCACAGACUUCCUCUUGGAAGGAAAGGUUGUCUGAAGCCGAAGUCAUUUCUACACCAGAUGAUCGUUGCACCACAUCUGACAGUAAUAUUUUGGAAAAACAUUUUAAGGACUUCUCAAGUCCCCAGUUGCCAAACGAUGUCAAGACUGAGGAAGCUGUCUCUAGUUUUUCUGACUCUGUUGCACCAGAAAGUCAGUUGAUUCAAUUGGAAGCAGAACAUUUCAGUAGAGGCCAUGGAUCUGAAUUUGUUGGCAUGGAAAAUCAUAAAAAAAUAGAGGAACAAUCCAUUAAGAAAGCAAGUUAUGACAGAAGGGAGCAACCUGCUUUGGAAGACAUGCAUGGUGAAGCUUCCCAUUCUAGUCCUCAGGUUUCAAAUGAUGUCAGGAGUGAUGAAGCUGUAUCUAGUUGCCCUUCUGAUAAUGUUGCACCUGCAAGACACCAGCCGAAAGAAGAAAUAGAACAGGUUUCUGCUCCGAUAAUUGAAAAAUCUGGCAGUAGUAGCAACAAAGAUCAGAUCCAUGAUUCUAAGCUUGAGAAAGCAGGACAUGAGAGAAAAGUGCAAGAUGGCGCACAAGACAAAUCUGGUAGGGAUAGUCCAAAGCAUAAAAAGGAGCUAUCUCAAGGGUCUUUGGAAUUGGAUGAUUCGAAAAUUGAUAGCUCUAACAAGAGGGAGAGCAGCGGUGCAGUUGCUUCAAACAAAUUCAGUUUGUGGGGAAAUCUGAAGUCAUUUGCAGAUGGCAUCUUAAAUAUUUGGAGAAAGUUAUGA